UUCAAUGGUCUUGUUUAAACAAGUAUUUUUAUGGCAUAGUUAUUAAAUAUCAAGUUAAUUAGGACUGUAAAUUUGUAUUAUACAACAAACAGUACAUCUGUGUGUUUAUAGUUGGAUAGAGAAGAAAACCAUCCCGAAUAAUGUCUUUUAUGACUGUAGCUCAUUACUUGCAAAUUCUAGACAGAAGUUGGAGAAAUCAAGACGGAAGCAAAGUUGCACAGUUUAUUUCUCUGAGACAUGAUCAUGCCAAAUAUCCAAAUUACCAGGUAGAGCAGCCUGAAGGUAUUGUAGAUAGAUUCUUGACCUCUCCUUUAGACGAACUUAUAUGUCAUCAUUUGAGAUGCCUCUUUCAUAUUGGAAAACAAAACUACUUAGAAGCAUAUAGAUCUCAAAGUACCCUAGUACAAAGUUUUGCUAAAAUAUUAAAGUCACAAGUAGAUGAAAACUGGUCUCUGCCAAUAUUGUAUGUAAUAUCAUCAGAUCUCAGGUUGAUAGCUCAGCAAGCGGAAAAACAAAGAGUUAGUAACACUGAAAAUCCUGGAGAAAUAUUAGAAAAAGCUGCUGAAUGCUUGAUCGGAUGUUUUAGAGUACUAGCUGCAGAUAACAGGUCAUCUGAUGAAGAUACUAAGAGAAUUGGAAUGCUUGGAUUGGUUAAUCAGCUGUUUAAAGUUUAUUUUAGGAUCAACAAAUUACAUUUGUGCAAGCCCUUGAUAAAUGCCAUUGAGGCAUCACAAUAUAAAGAUGUGUUUCCUUUAGGACAACAAGUUACAUAUAAGUAUUUUUUUGGCCGAAAAUCAAUGUAUGACAGCAACUACAAAGCCGCAGACAAACAUCUAACCUACGCAUUCGAAAAUUGCCAUAAGUCUAGUAGAAAAAACAAGAGACUAAUCCUUAUAUAUCUAGUUCCGGUAAAAAUGCUACUUGGCUACAUUCCAAGCCGGAAAGUUCUAGAAAAAUACGACAUAGUGGUGGAAUUUUGGGAUUUGGUCCAAGCUGUUUGCCAGGGAAACUUAAAAUUAUUCGACGACUUAAUGGAGAAGCACGAAACGUUUUUCAUCAAUAGCGGAAUUUAUCUUAUAGUAGAUAAGUUAAAGAUCAUAGCUUACAGGAAUCUGUUCAAGAAGGUGUAUUUAAUUCUAAACACACAUCAAAUACCGGUUGAAUCUUUACAAUAUGCUUUGGAGUAUUUAGGCCAAGAUGUAGAUCUGGAUGAGACGGAGUGUAUAGUAGCUAAUUUAAUAUAUGAGGGUAAAAUCAAAGGGUACAUAUCACAUCAGCACCGAAAAGUUGUUGUUAGUAAACAAAAUCCAUUUCCACCUUUGUCCAGUUUAAGCUAGUGUUAAUUUUAAAGUGUGUUACUUUUUAUUUUUAUAAAUAAUAAAUAACUAAG